UCAAUAUCAAUUUAUCCAUGAAUUAUCAACAAUUACCAGCUCUCAAAUCCACCUCACAAAAUUAAUUAAUUAAUUAAUUGUCUAUUUAUUUAUAUAUUCAGAUCACUUUUUCAUCGUCCGAUGACUCAACUGGAACUCAUCAGCCUUCUCUUUUUGUGAAAGGUCUAUUUGGAUUAGCUACAAGGUGUCAUGUAAUUUACGACCUCCAAUUCUAUCAAAUGGCUUCCAUCUUAUAAUGCAUACAUGUGUCGAUGUCACACUGGAACUGUAAGAUUCGUUUUUUAUUUUGAUUGUGAUCAUUGUAUCCCAUAUGCUUCGUUGAGCUCUCUUCUUUUCCUCGGAGUUCUCCACUUCUUCAACGUCCUGAGUUCACCAGAGUCCGUCGGAGCCAGUCGUCGCUCCAAGCCCAUGCCAAUGCUGGUUGAAUCCACGCAGUCGCGGUAAAGAUCGGAGCUUUGGCGGAAAUGGAAGUUUUCCAUUGGGCGAACAUCCUGCUUUGGGGAUUUCUACUCCGCAGAUGGCUUCUUUGGGUGGAUUCUGCCGUCGGCGUCAACUGGGGGACGGUGUCCUCCCAUAAGCUUCCUCCGGCUGUGGUGGUAGAUCUGAUGAAGGAGAACAGGAUCGGGAAGGUGAAGCUGUUCGACGCCGACCCCGACGUCCUCCUGGCGCUGAGGGGGAGCGGCAUCGAGGUGAUGGUGGGGAUCCCCAACGAGUUACUGGCCGUCUUGGCAUCUUCGGCCGCUGCUUCCGACCUGUGGAUGAGUCAGAAUGUGACGAGGUACAUGGUUAAAGCCGGGGUUGAUAUCAGAUACAUUGCAGUAGGAAAUGAGCCUUUCCUCACAAGCUACCAAGGACAAUAUCAAUCGUUUGUCCUUCCUGCAAUGCUCAAUCUACAGCAAUCACUAGUCAAAGUAAAUCUUGCUGGCUAUGUUAAACUAGUAGUUCCUUGCAAUGCCGAUGCUUAUCAGUCAGCAUCAGUUCCUUCUGAAGGAACGUUUCGACCAGAGCUGACACAGAUAAUGACACAACUCGUCUCAUUUCUUAACUUGAAUGGCUCUCCUUUUGUCGUCAACAUCUAUCCUUUUCUGAGUUUAUACCAAAGUGCAGAUUUCCCACAAGAUUAUGCUUUUUUUGAGGGUUCUUCUCAUCCUGUUGUUGACGGUCAGAAUGUUUACUACAACGCCUUCGAUGGCAAUUACGAUACCUUAGUUGCCGCACUAAACAGAAUUGGCUAUGGUCAAAUGCCCAUUGCGAUCGGAGAGGUGGGUUGGCCGACAGAGGGAGCACUGAGCGCAACUGUAACUGCUGCAGAGGCUUUUAACCAAGGCCUGAUCGUUCAUAUUAUGAGCAACAAAGGGACACCUUCGAGGCCAGGGGUUCCUCCAGUUGAUGUAUAUCUCUUCAGUCUUCUCGACGAAGAACAAAAGAGUAUCUUACCAGGGAACUUCGAACGGCACUGGGGGAUUUACUCCUUUGAUGGCCAGGCUAAGUACCCCUUGAACCUUGGCAAUGGUCGGCUUGAGAAUGCUAAGAAUGUUCCAUACCUUCCACCAAGGUGGUGCAUCAUGAGUCCGACUCAGGAUCCUGCUGCGGUCACCAACCAUAUGAAGCUUGCCUGCAGUGUCGCUGAUUGUACAACAUUGUACUAUGGAGGAUCCUGCAAUGCAAUUGGCGACAAGGGGAACAUUUCUUAUGCCUUCAACAGCUACUAUCAGAUGCAGAAGCAGGACGCCGGAAGCUGUGAUUUCGAUGGCCUUGGAAUGAUUACAUUUCUCAAUCCAAUAGUGGGUGACUGCCGCUUUCUUGUUGGAAUCAGUGACAGGAAUUGUUCAUGUAUUGGGUGUGGAAUCUUUUGCGGCUUGUGGAUGAUGGUAUUGUGGGUAGUCAUUUAUCUUUAGUUAUGAAUUCCUUGUAAUGCUUUUUGUGUAGAAAGAUAUGAAUGUAGUUCUUGAUUACUCAGAAAUCUAACAGAGUGUUACAACAAGCAAA